CUGCAGCCUCGCCCGCCGUCCCCGGAGCUGGAAGAUGGCGAAGCCGGGCGCGCGGCCCCGCGGUUCCCGGGGCCCAGCGCCGCUGCUGCUGGCCGGGCUGGCGCUGCUGGGCGCGGUGCGGGCGCGGGCGGCAGCGGGCGGCAGCUUCAGCCUGCACCCGCCCUACUUCAACCUGGCGGAGGGCGCCCGCAUCGCCGCCUCCGCCACCUGCGGCGAGGAGGCCCCGGCGCGCGGCGCCCCGCGCCCCACCGAGGACCUCUACUGCAAGUUGGUGGGGGGGGCCGGCGGGGACCCCAACCAGACCAUCCAGGGCCAGUACUGCGACAUCUGCACGGCUGCAAACAGCAACAGGGCGCACCCUGUGAGCAACGCCAUUGACGGCACGGAACGCUGGUGGCAGAGCCCACCACUGUCGCGCGGCCUGGAGUACAAUGAGGUCAACGUCACCCUGGACCUGGGCCAGGUUUUCCACGUGGCCUACGUGCUCAUCAAGUUUGCCAACUCGCCUCGGCCAGACCUCUGGGUGCUGGAACGGUCCACGGACUUCGGCCACACCUACCAGCCAUGGCAGUAUUUCGCCUCCUCCAAGAGGGACUGCCUGGAGCGGUUUGGGCCGCGGACACUGGAGCGCAUCUCGGGGGACGACGACGUCAUGUGCAGCACCGAGUAUUCGCGGAUCGUGCCCCUGGAGAAUGGCGAGAUCGUGGUGUCCCUGGUGAACGGGCGCCCAGGUGCCAUGAACUUCUCCUACUCGCCGCUGCUGCGUGAUUUCACCAAAGCCACCAACAUCCGCCUGCGCUUCCUGCGCACCAACACGCUGCUGGGCCACCUCAUGGGCAAGGCGCUGCGGGACCCCACGGUCACCCGCAGGUACUAUUACAGCAUCAAGGACAUCAGCAUCGGCGGCCGCUGCGUCUGCCACGGGCACGCGGACGUCUGUGACGCUAAAGACCCCACAGACCCCUUCAGGCUGCAGUGCGCCUGCCAGCACAACACGUGUGGGAACUCCUGUGACCGCUGCUGCCCCGGCUUCAACCAGCAGCCGUGGAAGCCGGCAACCACAGACAGCGCCAACGAGUGCCAGUCCUGCAACUGCCACGGCCACGCCCACGACUGCUACUACGACCCCGAGGUGGACCGGAGCAACGCCAGCCAGAACCAGGACCGCGUCUACCGGGGUGGGGGCGUGUGCAUCGAUUGCCAGCAUCACACCACCGGCAUCAACUGCGAGCAGUGCCUGCCCGGCUUCUACCGCUCCCCAGACCACCCGCUCGACUCACCCCACGCCUGCCGCCGCUGUGACUGCGAGUCGGACUUCACGGACGGGACGUGCGAGGACCUGACGGGCCGCUGCUACUGCCGGCCGAACUUCACGGGGGCGCGAUGCGAUGCGUGUGCUGAAGGCUUCAGCGGCUUCCCGCGUUGCCACCCGGUGCCCUCCUUCUCUCACAAUGACACGGGGGAGCAGGUGCUACCGGCCGGACAGAUUGUGAACUGUGACUGCAGUGCCGCCGGGACCCAGGGCAACGCCUGCCGGAAGGACCCACGGGUGGGGCGCUGCGUGUGCAAACCCAGCUUCCAGGGCACGCACUGUGAGCUCUGCGCGCCGGGCUUCUAUGGCCCGGGCUGCCAGCCCUGUCAGUGCUCCAGCCCCGGUGUAGUGGACGGAACCUGUGACCGCGACUCGGGCCAGUGCACGUGCCGGACGGGAUUCGAGGGGGCGGCGUGCGACCACUGUGCCCCUGGCUACUUCCACUUCCCCCUCUGCCAGCUGUGCGGCUGCAGCCCCACGGGGACCCUGCCCGAGGGCUGCGAUGACGCUGGCCGCUGCCCGUGCCGACCCGAGUUUGACGGCCCCCACUGUGACCGCUGCCGCCCGGGCCACCACAGCUACCCCGAGUGCCACGCCUGCGCCUGCGACCCCCGGGGUGCCCUGGACCAGCUGUGUGGGGCGGGCGGGGUGUGCCGCUGCCACCCCAGCUACGCAGGUGCCACCUGCCAGGAGUGCAGCCCAGGCUUCCACGGCUUCCCCGACUGUGCCCCCUGCCACUGCUCCCCCGAAGGCUCCCUGCACACAGCCUGCGACCCCCACAGCGGGCAGUGCAGCUGCCGACCCCGAGUGACGGGGCUGCGCUGUGACAUGUGUGCGCCCGGUGCCUACAACUUCCCCUAUUGCGACGCUGGCUCCUGCCACCCUGCUGGCCUGGCCCCAGCCGAUCAUGAUCUUCCUGAGGCACACAUCCCCUGUAGGUGCCGGGCUCACGUGGAGGGGCCGAGCUGCGAUCGCUGUAAACCUGGGUUCUGGGGGCUGAGUCCUAGCAACCCUGAGGGCUGCACCCGCUGCAGCUGUGACCCCAGGGGCACAGUGGGUGGAGCUGCUGAGUGCCAGCCGGGCAACGGCCAGUGCUUCUGCAAGCCCCACGUGUGCGGCCACACCUGCGCGGCCUGCAAGGACGGCUUCUUCGGGCUGGACCAGGCCGACUACUUCGGCUGCCGUGGCUGCCGGUGCGACGUUGGCGGAGCUCUGGGACAGGGCUGCGAGCCGAGGACAGGCGCCUGCCUGUGCCGCCCCAGCACCCAGGGCCCCACCUGCAGCAAGCCGGCGCAGGACCACUACCUUCCCGACCUGCACCAGCUGCGCCUGGAGCUGGAGGAGGCGGCCACGCCCGAGGGCCACGCCGUGCGCUUCGGCUUCAACCCUCUUGAGUUUGAGAGCUUCAGCUGGAGGGGCUACGCGCAGAUGGCACCCAUCCAGCCCAGGAUCGUGGCAAGGCUGAGCGUGGCCUCCCCUGACCUCUUCCGACUGGUCUUCCGAUACGUCAACCGCGGGCCCGCAAGCGUGAGCGGGCGGGUCUCCGUGCGCGACCAGGGCAAGUUUGCCACCUGCGCCAACUGUGAGUGCGGGGGGCUACCCCCUGGGCCCCGCCCCACUCACGCCUCGCCACAGCCAGCCCCACCUCGUCCCCGCAUGUGGGUGGGAGGCCCGGCCCUUCCCGCUGGCCCUGGGGGAGGUGCGGCCUGGGUGGCCAUGCUGCGUCCAGGAGGCUUGCCGUCCCCGCCCCCAGGCACAGAGCAGAGCCAGCCCGUGGCCUUCCCGCCCAGCACGGAGCCUGCCUUCGUCACCGUGCCCCAGAGGGGCUUCGGGGAGCCCUUCGUGCUGAACCCCGGCGCCUGGGCCCUACUCGUGGAGGCCGAGGGGGUGCUCCUGGACUACGUGGCUCUCCUGCCCAGCGCCUACUACGAGGCGGCCCUCCUGCAGCUGCGGGUGACCGAACCCUGCACGUUCCAGCCCGACGCGCAGCGCUCCGGGGACCACUGCCUCCUCUACACCCACCUGCCCCUGGACGGCUUCCCCUCCGCCGCUGGGCCUGAGGCCCUGUGUCGCCACGGCAACAGCUUACCCCGGCCCUGCCCCACGGAACAGCUCAGCCCCGCUCACCCGCUGCUGGUCGCCUGCCAGGGCGCAGAUGUGGACGUCCAGCUUCAGGUGGCGGUGACGCAGCCAGGCCCCUAUGCCCUGGUGGUGGAGUACGCUAAUGAGGACGCCCGCCAGGAGGUGGACGUGGCCGUGCACACCCCCCGGCGGGCCCCCCAGCAGGGGGCGCUCACCCUCCACCCCUGCUCAUACAGCACCCUGUGCCGGGGCACCGCCCUGGAUGCGCAGCGCCGUCUGACGGUCUUCCACCUGCACCCGGAGGCCAGCGUCCGGCUCACGGCCGAGCAGGCACGGUUCUUCCUGCACAGUGUCACCCUGGUGCCCGCGGAGACCUUCAGCUCAGAGUUCGUGGAGCCCCGCGUCCGCUGCAUCAGCAGUCACGGCGCCUUCAGCCCCAGCAGUGCCGCCUGCCUGCCCUCCCGCUUCCCGAAGCCGCCGCAGCCUGUGGUGCUCAGGGACUGCCAGGUGCUGCCGCUGCCGCCCGGCCUCCCGCUGACCCGCUCUCGGGAGCUCACGCCGGACGCGCCCCCGCCCGGGCCCCAGCCCCGGCCCCCCACCGCUGCGGACCCCGACGUGGAGCCUACCCUGCUGCGCCACCCCCAGGGCACCGUGGUCUUCACCACCCACGUGCCCGCCCUGGGCCGCUACGCCUUCCUGCUGCACGGCUACCAGCCGGCCCACCCCGCCUUCGCUGUGGAGGUCCUCAUCAACGGGGGUCGUGUCUGGCAGGGCCACGCCAACGCCAGCUUCUGCCCGCACGCCUACGGCUGCCGUGCCCUGGUGGUGUGUGAGGGCCGGGCCGUCCUGGACGUGACCGACAGUGAGCUUGCUGUGACCGUGCGUGUGCCCGAGGGCCGCUGGCUCUGGCUGGAGUACGUGCUGGUGGUCCCCGAAGACGCCUACAGCCCCAGCUACUUCCAGGAGGAGCCCCUGGACAAAUCCUACGACUUUAUCAGCCAGUGUGCCACCCACGGUUACCACGUCAGCCCCUCCAGCUCGUCGUCCUUCUGCCGCAACGCCGCCGCCUCCCUCUCCCUCUUCUAUAACAACGGGGCUCGGCCGUGCAGCUGCCACGAGGUGGGCGCCACGGGCCCCACGUGUGAGCCCUUCGGGGGCCAGUGUCCCUGCCGCGCCCACGUCAUAGGCCGUGACUGCUCCCGCUGUGCCACUGGCUACUGGGGCUUCCCCAGCUGCAGGCCCUGUGACUGCAGCGGCCGCCUCUGUGACGAGCUCACGGGCCAGUGCAUCUGCCCGCCGCGCACCGUCCCGCCCGACUGCAUCGUCUGCCAGCCCCAGACCUUUGGCUGCCACCCGCUGGUCGGCUGUGAGGAGUGUAACUGCUCGGGGCCUGGCGUCCAGGAGCUCAUGGACCCCACCUGCGAUGUGGACAGCGGCCAGUGCAGGUGCAGACCCAACGUGGCCGGACGCCGCUGUGACACGUGUGCUCCCGGGUUCCACGGCUUCCCCAGCUGCAGCCCCUGCGACUGCCACGAAGCAGGCUCUGCACCUGGAACAUGCGACCCCCUCACAGGCCAGUGCUCUUGCAAGGAGAACGUGCAGGGCCCGCGGUGUGACCAGUGCCGCCUCGGGACGUUCUCCCUGGACGCCGCCAACCCCAAAGGCUGCACCCGCUGCUUCUGCUUCGGGGCCACGGAUCGCUGCCGGAGCUCGGCCUACGCCCGCCGGGAGUUCGUGGACAUGGAGGGCUGGACGCUGCUGAGUGGUGACCGGCAGGUGGUGCCCCACGAGCGGCAGGCGGAGGCAACACUGCUUCGCGCGGACCUGCGGCGCGCGCCUGAGGCCUUCCCCGAGCUGUACUGGCAGGCCCCGCCCUCCUACCUGGGGGACCGGGUGUCGUCCUACGGCGGGACCCUCCACUAUGAACUGCACUCAGAGACCCAGCGGGGAGACGUGUUCAUCCCCACGGAGAGCAGGCCAGACGUGGUGCUGCAGGGCAACCAGAUGAGCAUCACGUUCCUGGAGCCAGUGUACCCGGCACCCGGCCACGUUCACCGCGGGGAGCUGCAGCUGGUGGAGGGCAAUUUCCGGCACAUGGAGACCCACAGCGCCGUGUCCCGCGAGGAGCUCAUGAUGGUGCUGGCCGGCCUGGAGCAGCUGCACAUCCGCGCCCUCUUCUCACAGACCUCCUCGGCCGUCUCCCUGCGCAGGGUGGCGCUGGAGGUGGCCAGCGAGGUGGGCGGGGGACCUCCGGCCAGCAACGUGGAGCUGUGCAUGUGCCCUGCCAACUACCGCGGGGACUCGUGCCAGGAAUGUGCCCCUGGCUACUACCGGGACGUCAAAGGUCUCUUUUUGGGUCGCUGCGUCCCCUGUCAGUGCCACGGCCACUCAGACCGCUGCCUCCCUGGCUCGGGUGUCUGCGUGGGCUGCCAGCACAACACCGAGGGUGACCACUGCGAGCGCUGCCAGGCCGGCUUCGUGCGCGGUGGAUCUGAGGACCCUGCGGCCCCCUGCAUCAGCUGCCCUUGCCCCCUGGCUGUGCCUUCCAACAACUUCGCCACGGGCUGCAUCCUGCGAGGUGGCCGCACCCAGUGUCUCUGCAAACCCGGCUACGCUGGGGCCUCCUGCGAGCGGUGCGCACCCGGCUUCUUUGGGAACCCCCUGGUGCUGGGCAGCUCGUGCCAGCCCUGCGACUGCAGCGGCAACGGCGACCCCAACAUGCUCUUCAGCGACUGCGACCCCCUGACGGGCGCCUGCCGCGGCUGCCUGCGCCACACCACCGGGCCCCGCUGCGAGAGCUGCGCCCCCGGCUUCUAUGGCAACGCCCUGCUGCCCGGCAACUGCACCCGGUGUGACUGCUCCCCGUGUGGGACGGAGGCCUGUGACCCCCACAGUGGGCAUUGCCUGUGCAAAGCGGGUGUGACCGGUCAGCGCUGUGACCACUGUCAGGAAGGACACUUCGGCUUUGAGGGCUGCGGGGGCUGCCGCCCAUGCGCCUGUGGACCAGCUGCCGAGGGCUCGGAGUGCCACCCCCAGAGUGGGCAGUGCCACUGCCGGCCAGGGACUGGGGGUCCCCAGUGCCGCGAGUGUGCCCCCGGCCACUGGGGGCUCCCUGAGCAGGGCUGCAGGCGCUGCCAGUGCCAGGGCGGCCACUGUGACGUGCACACGGGCCACUGCACGUGCCCCCCGGGGCUCAGUGGGGAGCGCUGUGACACCUGCAGCCACCAGCACCAGGUGCCCAUGGCAGGAGGGCCUGGGGGCCACGGCGUGCACUGCGAAGUGUGUGACCACUGUGUGGUCCUGCUCCUGGACGACCUGGAGCGGGCCGGCGCUCUCCUCCCCGCCAUCCGGGAGCAGCUGCGUGGCAUCAAUGCCAGCUCCGUGGUCUGGGCCCGGCUGCACAGGCUGAACGCCUCCAUCGCCGACCUGCAGAGCCAGCUCCGGAAACCCCCUGGCCCCCGUCAUGAGACUGCGCAGCAGCUGGAGGCGCUGGAACGACAGACCUCAAGCCUCGGGCAGGACGUGCGGCAGCUGGAUGACCAGGCCACAGGGGCCCGAGCCCAGGCCGGCCAGCUCCUGGGCAGCACUGAGACCACACUGGGCCGGGCACAGACGCUGCUGGCAGCCGUCCGGGCUGUGGAGCGCGCCCUGAGCGCGCUCGAGUCCCAGACGGACCGCCUGUCACCAGCCAACGCCUCAGCCCUAUCGGGUGAGCUGCUGCGCCGGACACUGGCCGAGGUGGAACGGCUGCUCCGGGAGAUGCGGGCCCGUGACCUGGGCGUUCCGCGGGCAGCCGCUGAGGCCGAGCUGGGGGAGGCCCAGAGACUGCUGGCCCGUGUGCAGGAGCAGCUGACCAGGCGCUGGGAGAGGAACCAGGCGCUGGUAGCACGCACCCGAGACCAGCUGGCCCAGCACGAGGCCGGACUCAUGGACCUGCGGGAAGCCCUGAACAGGGCGGUGGGCACUACGCGGGAGGCGGAGGAGCUCAACAGCCGCAACCAGGAGCGGCUGGAGGAAGCCCUACAACGGAAACAGGAGCUGUUGCGGGACAACGCCACUCUGGGGGCCACUCUACAGGCCGCCAGAGACACCCUGGUCCGGCUCUCUGAGCUUCUGCGCAGCAUGGACCAGGCCAAGGAGGAGUACGAGCGCCUUGCUGCCAGCCUGGACGGGGCCCGGACGCCACUGCUCGAGAAGAUGCGGGCCUUCUCCCCCGCGAGCAGCAAGGUGGACCUGGUGGAGGCCGCCGAGGCCCACGCAUGGCAGCUGGACCAGCUGGCGCUCAACCUUUCCAGCAUCAUCCAGGGAGUCAACCAGGACCGCUUCAUCCAGCGGGCCGUCGAGGCCGCCAACGCCUACAGCAGCAUUCUGCAAGCCGUGCGGGCCGCCGAGGGUGCCGCCGGCCAGGCGCAGCAGCAGGCGAGCCGUACAUGGGCGGUGGUCGUGCAGCGGGGCCUGGCGCCCCGAGCCCGGGAGCUGCUGGCCGACAGCAGUGCCCUGGAGGAGGCCGUCCUUGGGGAGCAGCGGAGGCUGGGCCUCGCGUGGGCCACCCUCCAGGGCACCGGGACCCAGCUCCGCGAUGCCCGGGCCAGGAAGGAACAGCUGGCGGCCCGAGUCCGGGAGGUGCAGGCCAUGCUGGCUAUGGACACAGACGAGACAAGCAAGAAGAUUGCCCACGCCAAGGCCGUGGUCACCGAAGCCCAGGACACGGCCGCCCGCGUGCACUCCCGGCUUCAAGACAUGCAGAAAAACGUGGAGCGGUGGCAGGGCCAGUAUAAGGGGCUGCAGAGCCAGGACCUGGACCGGGUGGUGCUCGACGCAGGCCGCUCAGUGUCCACCCUGGAGAAGACGCUGCCGCAGCUGCUGGCCAAGCUGAGCCUCCUGCAGAACCGUGGGACGCACAACGCCAGCCUGGCCCUGUCGGCCAGCAUCGGCCGCGUGCGGGAGCUCAUUGCCCAGGCCCGGGGUGCUGCCAAUAAGGUCAAGGUGCCCAUGAAGUUCAACGGGAGCUCAGGGGUGCAGCUGCGCACCCCUCGGGACCUCGCCAGCCUCGUCUCUUACACGGCCCUCAAGUUCUACCUGCAGAGCCCGGAGCCGGCACCCGGCCAGGUCGCCGGGGACCAGUUCGUGCUGUACAUGGGCAGCCGGCAGGCCACCGGCGACUACAUGGGUGUGGCUCUGCGUGGCCAGAAGGUGCACUGGGUGUACCGCCUCGGGGAGGCGGGCCCCACGGCCCUCAGCAUUGACGAGGACAUCGGUGAACAGUUCGCAGCCGUCAGCAUUGACAGGACCCUCCAGUUUGGCCAUAUGUCUGUCACAGUGGAGAAUCAGAUGGUCCAAGAGACCAAGGGUGAUACGGAGGCCCCUGGGGCCGAAGGGCUGCUCAGUGUGCAGCCUGAUGACUUUGUCUUCUACGUGGGAGGCUACCCUGGCAACUUCACGCCCCCCGAACCCCUGCGCUUUCCCGGCUACCGGGGCUGCAUCGAGCUGGACACGCUGAACGAGGAGGUGGUCAGUCUCUACAACUUCGAGAAGACCUUCCAGCUGGACACAGCCGUGGAUAAGCCUUGUGCCCGCUCCAAGUCGACCGGGGACCCCUGGCUCACGGACGGCUCCUACCUGGACGGCUCCGGCUUCGCCCGCAUCAGCGUGGAGAGCCAGCUCAGCAACACCAAGCGCUUCGACCAGGAGCUGCGGCUUGUGUCCUACAGCGGCAUCAUCUUCUUCAUGCGGCACCAGGACCAGUUCCUGUGCCUGGCCGUGCGGGAGGGCAGUCUCGUGUUCCUCUACGACUUCGGCGCGGGCCUGAAGGAGGCCGACCCACUGCAGCGCCCGCCGCCUCUGACCACGACCAGCAAGGCGAUCCAGGUGUUCCUGCUGGGGGGCAGCCGGAAGCGCGUGCUGGUGCGCGUGGAGAGGACCACGGUGUUCAGUGUGGAGCAGGGCCACGCGCUGGAGCUGGCCGGUGCCUACUAUCUGGGGGGCGUGCCAGCCCCCCAGCUGCCCCCGAGCCUGCGGCGGCUCUUCCCCUCCGGAGGCUCGGUGCGCGGCUGCAUCAAGGGCAUCAAAGCUCUGGGCAAGUACGUGGAUCUCAAGAGGCUGAACACGACGGGCAUCAGCUCCGGCUGCACCGCCGACCUGCUGGUGGGACGGGCCAUGACUUUCCAUGGCCACGGCUAUCUGCGCCUGGCGCUCCCCAGCAAUGCUGUGCCCGUCACGGGCAACGUCCACUCCGGCUUCGGCUUCCGCAGCAGCCAGGACAGCGCUCUGCUCUUCCACCGAGAGUCCCCGAUCGGGCCAUGCGAGGUGUCCCUGCAGCAGGGCCACGUGACCCUCCGGCUUGCAGGGACUGAGGUGAAAACGCGACGGGGCUUUGCCGAUGGGGCCCCCCAUUAUGUCACUUUCUACAGCAACACCACGGGGGUCUGGCUCUAUGUGGACGAUCAGCUUCAGGAGAUGAAGUCCCACCUGGAGCCGUGGUCCCAGCUUCAGCGUGAGGGGUCGAGUCAGCUCUUCCUGGGGGGCUUGCCCAAGUCCGACGCCCUCCGUAACUUCAGCGGCUGCAUCAGCAACGUAUUCGUGCUGCGGCACCUGGGGCCGCAGCGCGUGCUUGACCUGCAGCAGAACCUGGAGGGCGUCAACGUGAGCUCAGGCUGCGUCCCGGCCCCUCACACCCAGGCCCCAGAGCAGAGCCCGCGAGGACUGCGGGCCACGGUGUCUCGCAAGGCCUCCCGCCGCAGCCGGCAGCCCGCCCAGGACGCUUCCUGCUCGCCAGUCUCGCCCCUCAGGGCCGUACGAGACGCCUACCAGUUUGGGGGUCCCCUGUCCAGUUACCUGGAGUUUGCACACAUCCCGCCCCCCACCAGUGACUGGUCGCAGCUUUCCAUGCUCAUCCGCCCGCAUGCCCCCCGAGGGCUCCUGCUCCUCGCUGCCCCGCUGACGGCCAGCAGCCCUUCCCUAGCCCUCUUCCUGAGCCACGGACGCUUUGUCGCUCAGACCGAAGGCCCUGGGCCCCAGCUCCGAGUCCAGAGCCGCCAGCGUUCACGGACUGGCCGGUGGCAUACAGUGUCUGUGCGUUGGGAGAAGACUCGGAUCCAGCUGGUGACGGACGGGGUCUGGGCCCAGAGCCAGGAGGGGCCGGGCCAGCGGCACCAGGGGGAGGAGGGCCCCCGGCCACACACUCUCUUUGUGGGGGGCCUCCCUGCUGGUGGCCACAGCCCGCAGCUCCCGGUGGCCAUCAGGCGCUCCGGGUUCAGCGGUUGUGUGAAGAGACUGAGGUUGGACGGGCAGCUCCUGGGGGCUCCCACCCGGGUGGUGGGGGCCACACCCUGCUUCUCAGGUCCCCUGGAGAAGGGCCUGUUCUUUGCAGGCAGCGGAGGAGCCAUCACUCUAGACACCCUGGGGGCCACACUGCCUGACCUGGGCCUGGAGCUGGAGGUGCGGCCCCAGACAGCCACCGGCCUCGUCUUCCACUUGGGUCGGGGCCUGGCGCCCCCCUACCUGCAGCUGCGGGUGCUGGGGAGGCAGGUCCUGCUGCGGGCAGACGAUGGUUCGGGCGAGUUCUCCACACUGGUGACGCUCCCCGAGGCACUGUGUGACGGGCGGUGGCACGGCCUAGCAGUGACCAAAGGCGGGAACAGGCUGCGGCUGGAGGUGGACCUGCAGAGCAACCACACCCUGGGCCCCGCGCCGGCCGCCUCGGCUGACGCCCCGGUGCCGCUGCACCUCGGGGGCCUGCCUGAUCCCUGGACGCGGCCUCCCGCCUACCGCGGCUGCAUGCGGAACCUGGUGGUGAACCAGGCCCUGGUCUCCUGGCCCCGCGCUGCGGGCGUGCAGGGGGCAGUGGGGGCCGGCGGCUGCCCAGCCACGUAGCACAGCUGCCCCUCUGGGACCCCAGCCACCAGCUGCAGCAGCCAGGAGAGAGGGUCUUCAGAGCCCCCAGGCCCGGAGCCCCCAGGCAGGCCGCCCCAUCGGGCAGGGUCCUGCCCCCGGAACCCCCAGCCCCUCCACACAACUUGCUGACAACACCGCCCUCGGCCGACUUUUUAGAUCAAGUUUGUGUAUGUUUGUUUAUGUAGACUCCAGAUUCUCCGGGCGAUGAGUCUUAUUUCUGGGAAUGGUUUUAAGUUAUGUCUGACUUUCUAAGGGAGAGGGUAAAACACUGCAAAAUGGGGGUUUUAUACUUUUUAUCUUUCAGUUUAAUUAUGAAAUUUCCCUUCCACCAAUUUUUAAUGGGAGAUCUGUAAGUCAUUCGUCCCUGCUUCUUGAAACAAAAAUUAAAGUCACUUCUGUGUAA